AAAAAGAUUCACAUUUCAACCUGACGGCAGAAAAUCACCAGGAACCUUGAACGCAGAACACGCGGAUUGAAGCUAAUUAGAGUUCCCAAUAACUAUCUUUCUUAGGAAAAGUGGCAGUUUUGAUUGCGAGAGAACUGCCCAAGAGUAAUACCUAGAGGAAGGCUCCGUCAGUGGAGAAGAGAGAUUUCAGAGGUCACAUAGAUCACUCGUGUCUCAAUGCUGCUUAAAUAAUACAAUCCAUCAGUCGAUAUUAAACAUUACGGGCUCACAUCAAGACCCAACGAAGGAAAAAUGAAGUUAGCAAUGCCAUUUCUUCAUGCUAUCGUGCUGCUAGUGUUAGUUGGUGGCAUUCAGUGUUCUCCAGUAAAAGGGAAUUUUUCUUUUCUCAUCAAUCAAGACUUGGAAGUGAGAAGAGUAUACACAGCCAUUGAAAGUGCUGCUGUGUUCAACUGCACAACAAAUGACUUAACUGCUAACGUCACAUUGAAUCGAACUGACAACCAACUUAGACAAGAAAAAAUAACCAGAAAUGGUGCAGUCUUCACUAUUCGUCGCAUCACAAGACAUGAUGCAGGUCACUACUUAUGUGUUGCUAAGAGGAAGAAUGGACAAGUUAUCACCAGAAAGAUCUUAUUAUAUAUUGAUUCCAGAACUCCUAGUGUUACUGUUGACCCUCAUAAGAAUAGGAGAGUUUUACAUGGUUCCCCUCUUAAAUAUGUCUGUGAGGGUAAUAUGGGAACGCUGACUUGGUUCAAAGAUGGUGUGGAACUUCCAACAGACAGUUUGCCAGGUGUCAGUGUCUUCUCCUCACAUGGUCCUAAUGGAAUUUUGGAAAAGGAUCUGGUCAUUUCACAGGCUGACUUUGCACAUAGUGGCAGAUACAGAUGUCUGUUAACUUUAAAAGGAUUCACAUCUUUUCAAUAUGUAGAAGUCAGUGUCAAAGCUCCAGAACCUGCUAGUAUCACAUCUGUAACACCCCAUAGCAUAUUUGUCAAUGACACAGACAGUGGUCCAGAUGUAGAACUUGAUUGUCGAGUCAGUGGUUUCCCUCCACCAAAGAUAACAUGGACAAAAGAUGGCAAAGAAAUAAAGAAGUGUUAUAAAAGCCACCCAUGUGAAAAGAUUCAGCGAUAUAUUUUAACAUCCCACAAUGGUUUGAUCAUUCGGAAGAAGAAUCUCAGUCAUGAUGAUCAAGGAGUAUAUCGCUGUGAAGCAGAGAAUGCUUUUGGAAGGGCUUUCAAAGAGAUUGUUGUUGAUCUUCCAAGUCCUCCUGUAUUAGACAAACUAAAGGGAAGAGAGAAAAUUGUGAAAUGGUAUGCAGGGCAGAAAAAGUCAAUUGUCUUUUCAUGUCAUGCUACACGAGGUGCCCCACGGCUACGUUUUAAGUGGUUUAUAGCAUUUGGUUCGACUAAAAUGUUUGUCUCGUCUAAAAAUAAAUUUUAUGAGGGGUGUUUUACUCAAAGAGACGGGGCUAAAAGCAGCAUCCUAGAAACACCUGGGAAACAAGCAUCUUCAUGUUUCGCCUGGCGCCUUCAAGUGAAGUGCUCCGUGGAAAAUGAUUAUGGAAAAGAUGAGGUGGUUUAUACACUUUUGGAGAUCUCCUCUCCCUCUAAUGCGCGAGACUAAUAGUCCCAGCGACUUGUCUUAUUGGUAUGUCCCGGCCUGACCAUAGCACACAGGUGGCUAUGCGUGCGCUAAAGUGAGGUUUUUUUUUCUCACUGGGUAUUGAAACGAACAACUAGAUGUACAGUGGUUUAUGGUUAUCUAUGCCUGAUGUGGCAUUUUUUUAUUGACUUAAUGUUUACAAUGCGUUCUUACUGUUAGUUUUAAGUAUUGUUCUUUUAAAGUGAUAAGUGAAAAUGAUUGAUUUUAAACUCCAACCUCGUUUGUUUGUCUAAAGUACGUACUUCUAAGUCUAUCAAAGUAUAUACGACUUGUUGAUAAUAAUGGUUUUUAAGUAAUUUGACCUCACAUUGAGGGUUUUAUUGUAAAGCAGUAUAUGCUAGUAGUUUUAUUCUCUUUAUUCCCUCAUUUAUUUGUAUUUACUACUUGUUUGUUGUCGAGCUUAUAAAUCACAUUUUAAUCGAUAAUGUUUACCUGUGCAUGAAAUUAGAUUUGUGGAGAUUGUAACGUUAAUG